AUGUGAUGGCCGCGAGCGGUAUGGAGGAUGAGAGAGUGAGCGGGGAGGUCAGGGAGCAGGAAGACGACGACGACAACGUGCCUCAACUCAGCGCUGCGGCGAUGGAGGCGCUCCGGGAGUUCCUGGCGGGACAGCAUCGUCCGGAGGAGCAGAAUGAAGCUGGAGGAGGGGAAGACGGGGUAGAGCUGGUCCCGGAGGACUGGCGGUUGAGCGAGUUCUGGUACGAUGAGCGUACCGCGUGGGAGCUCGUGGAGGAGGUCGUCCGCCUUGUCUCCCCUUCUGGAUCAGGCUUCGCCGCUGGUGCCGUGGCCUCCAUCGCAUGCCCGACGCUCUAUGCCUGCCUGAAGAAGACGGUCCCCGGAGUGCCCGCGCAGCUGCUGGAGUACGAUGAGCGGUUCGGGCAGUACAGCGGCGACUUCACCUUCUGCGACUACAACCGACCGGAGGAGCUGCCGGCAGCGAUGAAGCACGCCUACCGAGUCAUCGUUGCCGACCCUCCCUAUCUGGUACUGUUUCUACCCUACCAGAGAUUGCCUAUUAAAAAGUGUUUGAUGAAGAACGCACGGGUGGACGUGGGCCUCAGUGACGGCAGCUAUGCGAGGGGGCCAUACCCAGCGGCGCAUCCACUGAGGCCUUCCGGCACCACCACCUUCCCGGACUUGGAAGGAGAGGAAGGUUGCCGUGAAGCUGUCGAGGUUCCAAACAGCAGCCACUUGAGCUCGUGCAUAAUCAGGGAGGAAACUGUUGUUUUGUCAUCUGUCUGCUCCAACGACGAGUUCUAG